AUGGGGCUAAUGUCUUCGAGGGGUGAGCCAAAUAAUGGGGCUAAUGUCUUCGAGGGUGAGCCCAAUAAUGGUGAUAACGUCUUCGAGUCUCCCAGCAACGACAGAGAGACGAGGCCAGAAGAGGGGAGACACAGCCCAGGUGGUGAGGUCUCAUCCACUGGUCACCUGGCGCUAGAGACUAACAUCGACGACACCUUCUCUGCUCCUCCUCCUGUCCACAACCAAGGCCCACCUCCACACACUGGUUCUGACAACGAUGACAGUCCACCACCACCAAUUUAUUCUGAUGGUAUUGUAAAUUCAUCACCACAAAUACAUUCUGACAACACUGAGAGAGAACCUAAACGAUUCAAUUCUGACAACAUUGGAAGUGGACCUAUACAAAUCACCUCUGACAACAUUAAAAGUGACUCUCCUCAGCUCACUUCUGACAACAGCGAAAAUUCACCACCACAAACUGCCUCAAGUCAUGCCAGUAACCCACCACACAACCCCACAAAAGCCGACACUGUAAUCAAAACGUCAUCGUCUCCCGUUAAUGUUGAUUACUACGAUAACCUAUACGACGAGUUCCUGGAUAUGUAUUACGAUGCCGAGAGUGAUGAAGGUCAGUCGUCUAUUUCACAAACUCCCUCAAGAUCGACGUCUCCUAAGUCCAUCCAGUCUUCACCAUCAUCUUCGGACAAUCUCGCUGGUGCCGUUCCUGUGGAGAUGUCGACCACUACCACCGCCUCUACCACGACUGAGUUUACACCGUCUACAACAACUACUACCACCACCACCACCACCCCUCCUCCUCCUACAACUACUACCACCACCCAAACUCCUUCUACAACAGCAAGUAGAAUAAUACCAGAAGUCCCUACAAGACCUACUCUACUUAGUCAGCGAGGGAGAUUCAAGACAAACCCGUACUCCAGAAGGCUUAGCGGGGAGAGGCUAGCGGGGAGCAGUUCUGUGGUGAACGAGCGAGUGUCGGACCAAGAACUUCGUGAACCUGUGGACCAAAAAGUGACGACUCUGCCAUCUUCAUCUUCAAGCUCGGGAGAAACAGAGAGAGCAGGACCUAUCAUCAGCCUGUCGGAGAUCAUGCAGGGUAUGGACAUGACCCUCCCACAGUUCCUGGUCUCCCUCAAGGAUCACAGCAUGACCAUGAAGGAUUUCACCACCAGUCUACAGGCCAGAGGACUCACGCAGAGGGAGUUCAAGAAGGCGAAGGGGAAUAUGGAGUCUCUGCUUAACCUACUGAAGGGGGAGUUGGAGUCCAGUGAUUCAGCCAGUGGGGGUGGUGAUGACUCGCCUGAUGAAGGAACGACCACCACCCAGAAACCAGUGAGUUCUAUACCCUACUGGCUCACCACUAGACCUACCUGGAGGCCACCAACCACAACUACCACCACUACUACCACCACCACUACUACUACUACUACUACUACCUCCACUACCACAACACAGCCACCAACUCCAGCCUCCCAACCUAAGAUAUUUGGUUUUCGUCCCGGUGGUCGACCUCAGUUUCCCAACACACAAGAGGACAAGGUAGAGGAAGACGACACACAGGAGACAGAGCAACACUCAGGCCAGAAGGACAAGUCACCGACCCCCAUCAAACUGGACAUGGCCGCCAUCAUGAAGGACAAAGGUCUCAGUGCCUCAGAUAUCCUCCACAACCUGGGUUCUCUCUUCACUGUGGCCGACCAAGAUACUCCCAACCCUGACGACAACAACACCACUUCACGAGACAACAACACGACUUCAGGUGAGACUAGGGAGAGAGGAGAAGAUGAGGAGGAGACAAGUGACACAAAAGAUGAGGAUAGUGAGGAGGGUUCGUCAUCCACCUCACAACCUGAGACAGACUCCACGUCCACUGUGUCUCUGAGGCCUUACAAUCCCUCUGCAGGGUCAGAGAGGUACCAUCCCCGCCCCUACAGGCCUCUGGGUCAGGGUGGCGGCUGGGGCGGUGGUGGGAACCAACACCGCAGCAUCAUCACCAACAGACGACACACCACCUUGAGGCCCACCCUCCGCCCACCCUACCAGCCACCGCCGAUAAAACCCACAGAGUUGGAUGUCCUCCACACCUCUACACCCUCAUCCAACGACAACAAAUUACCCUUUGGUCUUCCUGGAGGAGGAAUACCCGUAGGGACUCUCUCUGGCCAGGCAUAUCACCCCCGGUACAACAACGACUACAUCCCCGUAUACGACAACGACCCCAACUCCCUCAACAUGUCCACUAAGAGCGCAAUCAUGGCAGCAUCGGUCCUCGGCGGGGUGGCCAUGUGCGUCUUCCUGGCUAUCCUGGUGGUGGUAAUGUACCGUGGGCGCGUGAGGUUCAGACGCACGCCCCUGGCACUCUCCAGUAACGCCUCCUCCUCCUCCCUCCCGCCCAUAUACUCCACCAGGUUCAGCGGAGGUAAAAGCACCAGUAAGUCGUCAGGGUUAUGGGGGACACUGAAGAAACGAUUCGAUCCUUACUCGCUAAGUCCGACCCCUACCGUCAUGACCUGAGGCCAAAGCAUAAAACUUAUUUCAUUACACUCAUCUGAUUGUAAUGCCACUCAGGACAGUCAAUCAGAAAACUUCCCUGAUUACCAACUUAAUGCAACACUCAGAGCUUUUGCCUAUGGUAUUGAUAACCCCAAACACUCAGGACAGUCAAUGAUACAGCUCUGACCUGACACUCAGAACACUCAACUACUGAUUUCCCUAAACUUACAUCAUCCAACAUACACUCACCUGAUGAUAACAUUACUCAACACUCAGGAUAGUCAAUCAGAUAAUUCACCAGACACUCAGACAACAAAAGCAGUUAAUCAGCACACUCCCAUGAUACUGAUUUCCCCAGACAUUCAAUACAGAUACCCAGUUACACUCAGAACACUCAUCCACUCACGAUCCGAUGCCCAGUUAAGAGUGUUGAAUUAAAGAAGCCAAUCCCAUCAUCAUCAUCAUCAUCAUCAUCAUCAUCAUCAUCAUCAUCAUCAUCAUCAUUAUCAUCAUCAUCAUCAUUAUCAACAAUGUUUUAUGGCCAUUUCUCGUACUUGUGGGAGUUAGCUGUUAUUACCUGAUGACAGUUGUUGAGUAAAACCAUAUUGGAAUGACCACCUCACUCCUCCCUCGUUAAUGACCCAAGGAGUUAGCCCCAGGAACCACGGUACAGGCAUAGGCAUAGCUCUGGAUGCCCUCCUUAAUGCCAAACCCAACUGGUGCUGAGUGAAUGUAUCUAGUUGAGGUAGAGUCUUAGUGUAAUUCUGAUGCCAAGUCGGACCUUGGCUCUGUGCUUUAGUUUUAAUCGGCCAAUUAGAUACGUUCAAGAAUAUCCAGUUGUAGGGAAUAGUCAAUGUACGAACCACUAAAAAUUCAUCUGUUUUUUUUUGUUAUUUUAGCUUAAGUCAGUUAGAUACGUUCUCUCAUCACCAGUUAGGAGGAAAAUUGAACA